AAGUCAACAACCACAGAGCGCCCACGCAGAACAGAAUGGGUCUAGUGCAAUAUUCAGAUUCCGAAGUCUCCGAUGAUGAGGAACAGCCUCAAGUUACCCAACCCAUCACUAAGAACACAACAGCAGAGACAAAACCCGACCAGAAAUUCUCAUCAAUCGUAGAUCGCGGAAACCCACGCAAAAUACGAGUCGCGCUCCCCGAAAUCAAACCAGAAAAUAAAGCCGAUGACAGCAUCGAAGAUGAUGAAGAUGGACCAGCCAGGAAAAAGCCAAGGACAACCGGAGGCGGAAUAUUUUCUGGAUUCAAUUCGUUGCUUCCAGCACCAAAGCGCGCAAAUCUACCGACUACGUCUGGGGGAAACGCGAGCAAGAAUACAAAAGCAGAUGCUGAGUGGCGUCAAGAACAAGCCCUUGAUCAAGCUUCUAUGGGAGGCUCUGAGGAUGAUACGAUACCGAAACCGGGAAGUCUGCGCAACGACCCAAAGGAAGGCAGUUUAUUGAAAGAAGAGAAUUAUAAAAAAAAGGGCAAUGCAAUGGUAUUCAAACCUCUAUCGGUAGCGCGUAAUGCACCAAAGAAGAAGUCUGCUGCUUUCGUGGCAGCACGGGCAGCUCCUGCUGCUGUCAAUACCGCACAGAAAGCAAAUGACUCAGAUACUCCUACAGAGAGAGAUGCUUCCAUAGCAGCUACUACGACUACAACUACAGCUGCAGAAGCUAGUCCUGCCACAAAACCUAAACCCAAAAUCAGUCUCUUCUCAUUCUCGAACGAAGAUAAGACUACUUCAACCGCAUCAACCAGCGCAUACGAAUCAAUCGUAUACAAUCCCGAAGGCUUUGAUGCACCUUCCAAUACAGGAGAGGAUAUCUCCGCCCUGGAACAACAUAAUCAACCAUCAGCAACCUACCCUACUCCAUCCACACAACAACAAUCAACUCUCGACGCCAUUGCCAACGACCUAAACCUCUCUCGUGCCCAGCGACGACAGUUACUAGGCCGAAAUCCAGGCACAGUACAAGCCAACUCGAAAAUACUAACAUUCAACACCGAUGCAGAGUAUGCAUCGAACCAAGAACUGCUUUCCAAAACAACGGAAGAAGAGCUUACCGCGCAACAGCAUAAUCCCGUUCGCGCAAUUGCUCCUGGUAAGCAUUCUUUGCGUCAGCUUGUGCAGGCUGCAAGUUCGCAGAAGGAUGCACUUGAAGAGAGUUUUGCUACUGGACGAAGGAAUAAGAAGGAAGCUGGAUCUAGAUAUGGAUGGUGAUAUAGGCUCUUCUAUCUUUCAUAGGGAUAAUGAUCACUUACGUCUAA